CAACAUUACCCUCUGAAGUACCUUCAUAACCUUCUCUUUGGUGCUGUCAACAGGUGGGAGUAUAUUCCCCCUAGUUUAUCAAGCACCUUCCCAACUUCCCAACCACUAGCAUCCAAUGUUCAAACUCUAAGCUAUCAGAGGGCCAGAGAAACUUCCUCUCCACCUCUAUCUUGUCUCCUUGUAGCUCCCCUGCAACCUUCUUCCCUCAGCCAUUGUCUCCUUCCUUUGCUCUUAAGAAACAUCUUCCUAAACUUGCUGCUUAAGAAAAAAAGAAGAAAAAUUUCAUAAUUAAAUUAGGUGUCUUCAGUUCCAUCCAUCCAAAAUCUAGAACUAAAUUUUGGUCCUAAACCCCUCCAUUUCUUUCCAUCUAAGGAUCCCAAGUAUCCAAUAAUAUAGGUGGACUUAUUGAUAAAAAAAUGCCUCAAAAACCAUGCCUACCAUCCAAAGGGUUUAUUCCACACCACCCCUCCCUGCUAGAUUUCAACUCAUACUCUUGGCAACCGUUCUUAUAGUUUCCACCAAACAUUCCCACACCAAUGGACAACUUGAGAUGGUAACUAAUAGGACCCAUGCAUUGAAUGAAAUGGAGGAGGACUGGGGUAUGGUGGAGAGGAAGGGAACUCAUUUUGUUGUUAACAACCAGCCUUUCUUUGUCAAUGGGUUCAACACCUACUGGUUGAUGGUCUUCGCCGUCGACCACACGACGAGGAAGAAGGUGAGUGAAGUCUUCCGGGAGGCCGCGGCCAUCGGCCUCACCGUCUGCCGGACUUGGGCUUUCAAUGACGGUGGGUGGCGAGCCCUCCAGACGUCUCCUUUUGUCUGUGAUGAGGAGGUGUUCAAGGCAUUGGAUUUUGUGGUGAGUGAGGCAAGGAGGCAUAAGAUUAGGCUUAUACUGUCGUUUUGUAACAACUGGGAGGAGUAUGGAGGAAAGGCUCAGUAUGUGAAGUGGGGGAAGGCUGCGGGGCUGAACUUGACUUGCGAUGAUGAUUUCUUCUCGGAUCAGACGAUUAAGAGCUACUACAAAGCUUUUGUCAAGACUGUGAUUACCAGAAUCAACACACUUACAAAUGUGGCAUAUAAGGAUGAUCCAACCAUUUUUGCAUGGGAGCUGAUGAAUGAGCCACGGUGCACCUCUGAUCCUUCGGGUGAUAGAUUGCAGGCUUGGGUUGAAGAAAUGGCAUCAUAUGUGAAGUCUAUCGACCCUAUACAUUUGUUAGAGAUUGGUGUUGAAGGGUUCUAUGGACUCUCUACUCCUGAGCGCUUGCACUUGAAUCCAAACACCUUUGCAGGCCAAGCAGGAACAGAUUUUAUCAGGAAUCAUCAGGUCUCAAGCAUUGAUUUUGCCUCCGUUCACAUCUACUCGGAUACUUGGCUGCCCGAGUCGGAGUCAGAUGCACAACUCCAAUUUGUGAAAACAUGGAUGCAGCACCACAUGGAUGAUGCAGAGAAAUUGCUUGCAAUGCCAGUCGUGUUUGGUGAGUUUGGAGUGUCAGUGAAAGAUGAGAAGUUCAGCUUCAUGUUCCGUGAGGCCUUCAUUAAGACGGUCUACAAGACUGUGCUGAGCUCCAGAAAGCGAGGGGGGAGUGGGGGAGGCUGCCUUCUGUGGCAGCUCUUCCCAGAGGGGACAGAGUACAUGGAUGAUGGUUAUGCCGUCAUUUUAGCCAAGCACCCUACCACACAGCAUAUGCUCUCAGUGCAGUCUAGGAAGCUUCAGACUAUUCAUUCCAAGGGUUUUUGGAAGUUUCUUUGGAGUUGGAAGAAGAGUCCUAUGGGCAAUCUCCUUCAUCAUGAAGAACUCUGAGAUUCAGAACAUAACCUAUAGUACAAGAUAGCAUGAUUGUUUGGAGAAGAUGAGCUGUGAAAAGUAUAGUAAAAUAUUUUUUUUGCCUUUACUCCUUUAUUUGGGCUCAUAAGAAAAAGCAUCUGCAUCAAUCUCUAUAAGCAUGGUGUUGCUUAUCACAUUGUUUUAUGAAAUUUUAUGGGAAUGUAUGGUGAAAUGUUUGAGCUUUAUUUAUUAAGAGUCAAUUGGCAAAUUAUAUGAAUUCACCUCUUUAUUAUGA